GAAAUUUAUUUUAAGGAUAUAAAUUGAUUCAAUUAAUUUAACUAUUAUUGUAUAAUUAAUUUAACGUUAACAUCUCAAUUUUUGAUACACUUAACCAUGCAUGUUAUGUUAACUCGUUAGCGUUCUUAUAAACAUAAAAAAUUCAUUGAAUUUUAUUAUUCAUCAGUAUUUUGAUUUAUAUUAACUAUUAUAUUAAUGAUAUCGUUAAAAAGUAAUAGUUUUAUCGACUUAAAUAAAAAUUUUUUACUUAAGAAAAUUUGUUUCCAUAUCUUCGCUGCGUAGAAAUUGUUUUUUCAUAGAAUGGCUCUUAAUAAUAAAUCUUGCUUUGGAACAGCAUUGUUAAACUUGCACAACGGUUAUACAGACUCAUUACCUGGUCGAGAAGAGCAAAUUGAAUGCUUGAGAUCAUUUUUACAAAAGCAUAUCGAUGAUCAUAUUUCCUCAUCUAUGUACAUAUCGGGACCACCAGGUACUGGUAAAACUGUUUCAUUAAAGUCUUUAUUUGAAAGUGAAGUAAUUAUCAAAAAUUUAAAUAUUGUAUAUGUUAAUUGUGGUAUGAUAAAAUCUGCUAGUCAAGUAUAUGCUAAAAUAGCUGAAAUAUUAAAAUUAGGCUGUACUGUUCAAAGAAACUGUAUCAUAGCCAUUGAAAAAUAUUUAAAAACCAAACAUAAAUCAGUUUUACUAGUUUUGGAUGAAGUAGAUCAAUUGUCAACUAAAAAUCAAUCAAUACUGUAUCAAAUAUUUGAAUGGCCAUCUAUUCAUAAUUCUAAUUUGGUAGUUAUAGGUAUUGCUAAUUCAUUAGAUCUUACAGAUCGUUUGUUACCUAUGCUUAAAUCAAAAAUUUCCUUACAACCAGAAUUACUUAACUUUCCACCAUAUACCAAAUCAGAACUAGCCAAUAUUAUAUCUCAUCGAUUAAAUAAUUCAGAAGUUAUGGAUGUUUUUCCUACUAAUGCAAUUCAACUUUUGGCAGCUAAAAUUGCUUCAUUUCGAGGAGAUGUAAGGUAUGCAUUAGAUGUCACACGGCGAGUUAUUGAACUAGCUGAGGAAAAAAUUGAAAAAAAGAUUGGUUUAACUGAUGUUAUGGCAGUAUUAAAUAAUGUUUAUUCUACAUCAAGUGCUCUUGAUACUAAUGAUGAAAAUACUGAAAAACUUCCACUACAGCAAGAAAUAGUAAUAUGUGCACUUCUUUUAUUAUUAGCGCCUUGUAAGAAAAAUCAAGUUAUUACUAUAGGAAAAUUAUAUGAUAUUUACAAAAAAAUCUGCAUAAAAAGAAAUAUUCAAGAAAGAGAUUUAAGUGAUUUCAUAACUAUGUGUUCUUUGUUGGAAACCAGGGGUAUAAUAAAAAUUCAAGGACAGUGUGCUAAUAGACUCUCAAAAGUAAUAAUGCUUUGGGAUAAAAAUGAAGUUAAUGAUAUUCUUCACGAUAAACAAAUUUUAGUUGAUAUUUUGAAUGAUAAAACAUUAAUAUGAUAAAUAGUAAAAUUUAACUAAAAUUCAAACUAUGAGAUUUACAAUUGAUCAUUUAUGUAAAAACUGUAUAUUUUAGCUGACUAUCAAAUUUUUUAUUGAUUUUGUGUAUAAGUUUUUUUAUUUAUAUAACUUAUUAAUUUAUUUGUACAUUUUUUUUAAUCAAAUAAAUACAAUGAUAUGCUAGUUA